CUACGUAUGACGGCGUGAAUACCACACCAUAAACGCACUAAACUGCUGUGACUAAGUGUAAAUAAUCAAGUAGUUACGGUGGGUCUCAUGCGACUGGCGAGCAGUUCUUUUUCUUGAUGUCAGCCAGCACGCUGACUGUAGUGUAGUAGCAUCAGUUCUCAGCUGUCCGGAUUAGACUCCAACUAAUUACGUCCAACUGCCCACUACAGUAUUCGUAGCUGGAAUGGCUAUACCGUAUGUCAGACACAGCUCUGUGUCGUCCAGAGUUUCAGUAGAAGAUGCUCUCUUCAAUCAGGCCAGAGCAUUGAGCGAUGGCGAGCUGCAGGAGUUCUGCGAGAACCUGAUCACCCAAAUGAAGGGCCAUGACCGCAGCAAUGACUUCAUCACCAUGCUGAGAAAGUUCUAUGUUCUGGUCCAAGCCACGCGCAAGAACCUGCCUAUCCCACGGCAACUCAUCGACCAGCUGUACAUGGUGCUGUCGGAACCGGAGCAGGGAGCGGCGCGCGUGCGCUUGCUCUGCGCCGUCAUCCUGCGCGAGAUUGCGCCCACCGCGCUGCUGGAGAUCCGCCACUUCAACCCGCCCGUGGAGACACGCCAGCUGCCGUUCAUCCUGCCCGUGGUGCUUGCCCAGGGUGCGCGACUUGGUUUCCUUUCGCAGAUCACACCGAUAUUAGUCAAACUGCUGGCACACUCCGGGGCAGAUCAGGAGACCUGUCAGAGGAUUCUAUCGUCACUGGCCGUCAUUGCUUGCCGACACACUGUUUGCCUUACGGAAGAGCACAUAGCCCAAAUCAACAACCAGCUGAUCGUUUGGCUCCGGAAUGCCAGCACCGUGUCCGCACCAAACCCUUACGCCGGCCGACAGCUAUUCUCCAGUAACAAGCAGCCGGCCCCAGUGAAAGAGAUUGAUGGGUCGGCAUCACGUGACUUCUUCACUGUUUUGAGUGUCGGCCAGUACUACUCCAGCGACCAGUGGCUCAACAUCCAGAGCUUCUCCAUGCUACGCACGUGGAUGCUGCGCACGUUCCCGCCGGGCUCGUUCGUCCUGGGCUCGUCGCGCAUCGGCACCGUACCCGCCUCUCCGUUCCUCUCCGCCACCACCAGCCGCACGCCCUCACCCGGAGAUAGCGGUGCUGGCGGCGCUGGUGGUGGUCACUCGUCCUCCGUGUCCGACUUGUCCAGCAUGGCUAGUCAUCGCGGCAGUACCACCACCAUCGGCGGCAGCACCACCACGGAUCUGUUCAGUCGGUCGCGCAGCAAGCUGCGCGAGAAGGCGUACGACUACUGCAUGCGACUCGUCGAUCAGUGCGACAAAAAGCCAGAGAAGAAGUCGGACGAAGACCUGGUGCACUCGGCACUCCUGGAGGUGACGUUCCUACUCGAUCGUCUCUGUACGAACAGUUCCACAAUGGUGCCACGUGCCUUUCCCACUAUCAAGCGUAUCUACUCUCGCCUCACAUCUGCGGUGCAGACGGCCCAGGUCGGUGGUGGCGGGGCUGCGGGAGCAGUGGCUGGGACUGGUGCUGUGUGCCUGAACAACUGCGAGAGCCAGCUGCUGCUGGCGCUGAUACAGUUCUUCUUGAAUCACGCUGAAACUGUAGUGUACGAUUCCGAUCCAGCAUGCAGUCUCUUCUUCGGACAAGUGCUGGCACAGAACUACCACAUACCGUCUGUAGCUUUCAGCACAGUGGCGUUCUGUGUGCAACAGCGCGAGCCUCUCUUCAAUAACACCGUGAUCCUCAGUCGCUUCUUCCCCAACCUACUCAAGAUCCUUGCCUGGUCACCGCGAUCCUACCUGACGGAGUUUGCUCAGCUUGUUCCGUUCCUCGUGCAGCCACGCACUGUGCUUGAGGUGCUCCAUUCUCUGCUGGACUUGCCUUGCCUGUCGGCCGGUCUGGAGGUGGCCCGCUUUGUCAGUCAGCUGGGUGGCAGUGAAGCAGAUGCGAAGAAAGUGUUCAGUGCCUUGCCACAACAGCAGAAGGCUGUUGCAGCGUACUUCAACCCAGUGCACCGGCCACUGUUCAGCUUCUUACUCAGGCCAGAGGGAGGAAAGGGUGACACAAUCAGCAGGAUGCCGAUGUUAUACACACUACUCAGUGAUCUGGCAGUGCUGCCACGCAUCCAGAUUUGUGCGCAGAUGACACCGCUUCUUGUCGAGCUUGCACUGAAGACGGUGCUAGUUCAACACAACGCACAGAUGCUGUCGCAGAUUCUGCCACUGAUGUCUGAGCGAAUUAGCCAGCUAUACGGCAUAGAUUCCUUCCAACAGCAAAUCAGAAAGGUACUGGCAAACCAGCUGUUGUCCUUCUUCAAAGUUCAUCCUCAGUUGCUGUUUGAUCACAUGGCAGACAUUAUUGAGUUUCUGUCAGCCCUGCGCAACAUUAGCAGAGCAGGCGAGGAGUACUUCUCCCACAUGGUAUGGGUGGUUGGAGAGUACUCAUCACCAAUCCAUGACUCUCGCUUUACCAUCGAAAUCAUCACCAAACUCCACGAUGUCCUGGAGUCAAUGGCCUAUGAAGCAAUUUCAGCAUUCCAAGCAUCUAGAUCCAAACCGGUGGCUAGUGCUAGACUGCUCUGUGUGCUGAUGACGGCUCUUGCUAAGAUUGCGUCGCGCUGUCAGGACCUGAUCCCCCGUGUUCUGCUGUGCCUGACCAAGAUUGUCAAGCAAUACGCUGAGAGUCAAACAGAUCAGGACAAUCGGCAACUGAUGGUGACCAGGGCUAAUGAGCUUGUGCACAUUCUCAAGAUGCCAAGUGUGGCCACAAAUGUCAUGAAUCCAGCUGUGGAUGUAGAGAGUCGCCUGCUUCACGUGGAUCCAAUCGCAUCCAUGGGUCUUGUCCUUCAGGCUACGUCUCUCUCCGUACACUGAUGGUAGUGUACGGGACUCUUUCCGCAAAGAUUGUGUAACAAAAUAUGUGCAAUGCAGCACCGCGGCCUCUUUUGUCCGAUUUCGCACAGGGACCUGUUCACGGUAUACAGUGCGCGCACGUGCACACACACACACACACACACACACACACACACACACACACACACACACCCACACACACACACACACACACACACACACACACACACACACACACACACACACACGCCUGUACAGUGUAAAGUAGCAUUUCAAACAGCUUGACAUCAGCUUUAGCCCUGCACCAUGUACAUACAUGUGCAUACUUGUUGUGUACAUACGCCAAUCUCAUGCUCAUAGUUGUGGACUCGAAUCAUCAUCAUAUUAUUAUUCUCAAUUAUUCUGCCUUACGGCAUGCUAUUGGCUGCCACAUCAUCCAUGCCGUAAACCCCUCUGCUGUGAACAUACCAUGCAUGCACGAGAAAUACUUCUACUAGAAAGAAUACCACCUAUUUAAACAACUAUAACAAUGUCUCAUGAAACAUGCAUUUCUUCCCAGCACCCACUGAGAAAAUACUCUUCCCCAGAAUUUUAUUUGCUACCAACUACUUUUUACUUACCUGCAAGUACUUUCCUGCUUUGUUUUUUUGUGCCUUCUUGCUGCUUAGUGUACAAGCUGCUGGUCAGUUUUGGUCACAUUCUUUUUGCUUCAUGUUUGUUUUGGCUGGCUUACUCCACGCGUGGUGUGACUGUGCAAUCGGUGUGCGUGUGCGCAACGACUCUCUUUAACUGCUUGAAAUCGAUUGCUUCAUUUCACUUUUUAUUGGUUUUCUAGUGCUGAGUUUGUGUAUUGAGCUGAGAGUGGUGCUUUCGUGCAGGGA